AUGACCGAGCCCAUGGCAAGUACCACAUCCAUCGCCGACAGGUUUCGGGCACAAGUUUCCCGCAGAAAUAUCAAUACGGAAGCUAUCAUUGAAGCCCCAUUAGUCCAUCUUGACGAUGAUGAGCUAGAGGAGGAUGUGCGACAAUUUGCCGAGAACUUACCCGGUGUUCCUUUCCAACGAAUCCUCAGAGCAGCCCAAGUGUCAAAGGAGAUCCGGGCAUAUACAGACGAGGGCUUGCAAGAUUCUCUACCCAUUAAGUUGAAACCAAAAGAACGAAUAGCGCUCAAGGCAGAGAGAGACAAAGCAUUCUCCCAAAGUGGUAUGACGGUGAUUGUCGUCACUGUGGCACUAGCAGCUCUGCUACAAGGCCAUGUUCAAGCUUCGAUCAAUGCCGGCAGUAUCUACGCGAGACUUCUUCAAGAAAAGGUCUCUAGCACAACAGAUCGGAGUGAUUUGGUGUGGCAGCUCGGUGGAAUGAACUCGGCGCCAUUCCUAGCCGCUGCUAUCUUAGGCGCUCCGAUGUCACUCCCGCUAAAUUACUGGAUGGGGAGACGAGGUGCUAUCGCUGUUGCGGCCGCAUUAAUCUUUGCGAGCUCUUUGGCUUCUGGAUUUGUGCACACAUGGCAGGAGCUUCUCGGUGUUAGGAUUGUCAACGGCAUUGGGAUGGGUAUCAAAGCCGUCAGCACGCCGAUCUUGGCAUCUGAGACUGCGAUUGAUCAAUGGAGAGGCUCUUCUAUCCUAAUGUGGCAACUAUGGGUUGCCUUUGGUAUCAUGUUAGGAAACGCCAUCAACUUAAUCCUUGCCGGGGCUGUGGGGGCUCUGGAUUUUCCACUUGAACCAAAGGACAGUACUGUGCCUCUUGAUGUCAAAGGCGACUUGGCGCUUCGAUUAAUCUUAGCCGCUCCCAUGGUCCCGGCCGUUUUCACGCUCAUUGCACUAGCAUAUUGCAUGGAGAGCCCGCGAUUCUAUAUGCAGAAGAACACACCAAACUAUCGACCCAUGCGUGCCUAUGAAAUCCUGUCUAAAGUCCGGAACACACAGCUUCAAGCUCUUCGAGAUAUUUACCUUAUCCACAUGAACGUUGAAUACGAAGAGGCACAGAAUCUACCGGAGACGCCUCAUGAAUCAGGCGUGUCUACGGAGAACCAAAAACAGGGUCUAACAUUCGCGAAUCACAUGUCAUUCGCCUUAUCAGAUGCCUAUCGGCAAUACAGCCACCUCCUGACCACUCCACGACUGCGAAAUGCAGUCUGGAGCACGUGCAUAGUGGCUCUCGCACAGCAGCUUUGUGGAAUCAAUGUUUUCGCCUUCUACUCAAACAAUUUCUUCAUCAAAGGAGACCCGAGCCCUCGCAACGCCAUGCUUUACAGCUUAGGCUUUGGUGCCAUCAAUUUCCUGUUCGGCCUUCUCGCAAUUAGAUCUAUUGACGUCUUCGGGAGACGGCGGUGGCUACUCGUCACACUGCCAUUGAUGUGCAUUCUUUUGGCCGCAGCGGCCAUGUCGUUCCUAAUUCCUAAGGGACCCGUCCAAAUUGGAAUCGUGGCGUUGUUCAUCUUUUUGUUUGCAGCUGUGUACUCACCAGGACUUGGGCCCAUCCCCUUCACACUUGCUUCCGAAAGUUUUCCCCUCUCUCAGCGUGAGGCUGGAUGUUCUGCCGCCAUCUCAGUCAAUCUUUUCUUUGCGGGUAUACUCACGAUCGUGUUUCCAGCUGUCAAUGACGCGCUGAAGCCCUAUGGUACGCUAACGCUAUUCGCUGGACUCAAUCUCGUGGCAUUUGCUCUGGUCUUUUUGCUCGUCGAGGAAACCAAGCAGGUAAGCCUUGAAGAGCUGAGUCUCAUCUAUGCGGUGCCAAAGAAGGACUUCGUACGGUUCCAGCUCAGAGAGCAUUUGCCAUACCUCGUCAAGAGAUACCUGACGCGUACUUGGAGUGGCGGUGAUCCACCCAACUUUUACACAAAGGUUAUUGAUGGUUCUUAUUCUCACGAGAUGGGGCCAAUGAGGCGGGAUGAAUCGACGGGCGAAUGA